GCCGCGGGCUCACAAAGCGGCUGGACGCGAGGCGGCGGGUGGCAGGAGCGCUGGUCAGUGAGAGGCCCGUCAGCUUUCUCCGCGACCGCACCGCAGGAGCUCAGGCAACUCGGACGCGGGGACCCGGUCCGGCCCCUAAGAUGCCGGCGAUCGCGGUGCUGGCUGCGGCCGCCGCGGCGUGGUGCGUCCUCCAGGUUGAGAGCCGGCACCUGGAAGCGCUCGCGGGAGGCGCGGGGCCCAACGGCAAUUUCCUGGACAAUGACCAGUGGCUGAGCACCGUCUCCCAGUACGACCGCGACAAGUACUGGAACCGCUUUCGAGACGAAGUUGAGGAUGAUUAUUUCAGAAACUGGAAUCCCAACAAGCCCUUUGACCAAGCCCUGGACCCAUCCAAAGACCCCUGCCUGAAGGUGAAGUGCAGCCCUCACAAGGUGUGUGUGACCCAGGACUACCAGACGGCCCUGUGUGUCAGCCGCAAGCACCUGCUCCCCAGGCCAAAGAAGGAGAAUGUGGCCCACAAACACUGGGUGGGACCUUCGAAUCUAGUCAAGUGCAAGCCCUGCCCUGUGGCACAGUCGGCCAUGGUCUGUGGCUCCGAUGGCCACACCUACACAUCCAAGUGCAAGAUGGAGUUCCACGCCUGUUCUACCGGCAAGAGCCUCACCACCCUCUGCGAUGGGCCCUGCCCGUGUCUCCCGGAGCCUGAGCCACUGAAACACAAGGCCGAGAAGAACGCCUGCACAGACAAGGAGCUGAGGAACCUCGCUGCCCGGCUGAAGGACUGGUUCGGAGCCCUCCACGAGGAUGCCAACAGGGUCAUCAAACCCACCAGCCCCGACGCGGCCCAAGGCAGGUUUGACACCAGCAUCCUGCCCAUCUGCAAGGACUCCCUGGGCUGGAUGUUCAACAAGUUGGACAUGAACUACGACCUCCUGCUGGACCACUCGGAGAUCAAUGCCAUCUACCUGGAUAAGUACGAGCCCUGCAUCAAGCCUCUCUUCAACUCCUGCGACUCCUUCAAGGACGGCAAGCUCUCCAACAACGAGUGGUGCUACUGCUUCCAGAAGCCUGCAGGUCUCCCGUGCCAGAACGAAAUGAACAGGAUUCAGAAACUGAGCAAGGGGAAGAGCCUGUUGGGAACGUUCACGCCGCGCUGUAACGAGGAGGGCUAUUACAAAGCCACGCAGUGCCAUGGCAGCACGGGCCAGUGCUGGUGCGUGGACAAGUACGGGAAUGAGCUGGCGGGCUCCCGGAAACAGGGCGCCGUGAGCUGCGAAGAGGAGCAGGAGACCUCGGGCGACUUUGGCAGCGGCGGCUCCUUGGUCCUGCUGGACGACCUGGAGGACGAGCGGGAGCUGGGACCAGAGGACAGGCUGCGGAAGCUGCGGGUGCGCACCCGGGCCCUGACGGAGGACGACGAGGACGAGGACGACGACAAGGAGGACGAGGUCGGCUACAUAUGGUAGUCCCCGCGGGAAGAGGACACAGGUUGGCACAGAGUCGCAAGUCACUUCCUGUUCCUGCAUCUGUGUCUCAGACUCCACGGCGCCGUUGUUGCUCUCGUGCCCGACCGAGGUCUGGAAGACAGCUCCUCCUUCCCACAGACUCCCAGAGGCGGUCGGUUGCGUGGGAAGAGGGGUGCGCGUUGUUUUUAGACGGGGGAACGGCUGGCUGCACUGGAGCCCCUUCCCGCCCAGGAGACUUUUGCAAGGAGCAUGUGGUUUGUGUGGGAUCCUGACCGCGCAGGGAGCCCCGCCCCCUAACGUCAAGGCCCUCGUCUGACCCCCACACCGGUGGUUGCCGCAGCAUGGUUCCCGGCCUUACGGUGGCUAAGUGCUUCUCUCGUGUCUUGUAGAUGUCGUGGAAAACACGCCACGCUGUCCUUUACUCCCCCGCUCCCCCCACCCCUGGUGUGUAUUAUGAAUACUUAGUCAUUCACAUCACUGUAUCUGGCUUCCUACAGACAAGAGCCUUAACUCAGUCAAGAAUCCUUUCGGGGAACUGAUUUUCUUUAUUGAAAAACUGGUGUGGGGAUGCUUCUCUCUGUACCUGCGUGCCUAGGUCCACGCGUACGGCAGAGACUGUGUGUGUAAGUCAGGCGCACGCUCCACUCGGAGAAGCUGUUUGGCUCCCAUUAAAACCAUGUGGAAAACAGUUAUAAACGUGUGAGCCUGCUCAGACCUGGACCACAAUUUCUGAAAUAAAAUGUAUAUCGAAGUCCUUUCUUGCACUAACAGUCGGCACUUGCAGGCGGCAGAGGUUUCUUCUCACUGGGACCCCUCUGACCCGGAGGAACCUCUGCCCGCCCAUGUCGUGCUUCCCGCACAAGCCAUGGACGCCCAGGCGGGCAGCGUCACGCGCCGCCUCUUUCAUUUCAGCGCCAAGGCCCUUUGGGCCGCAGCGGCCCUGUCUGCUGCAGGCGCCUCCUGCCCCGCCUACUCAAGGGCUUUUUCCAGGGGACUCGCGCACCCCCCUUUCACUGAGAAGACAGUACCACGGUACUACAUAGGAGAAGGAAAUCUGGGACUCCUCACUCAAUGUUUCACUUCUGCCCCCUUUCUAUCCACAGUCGUAAUGAGCAGCACAGACUCCCGAGGGAGGCCUAGAAGAGCUUCGUGGGAGCACGUGGAAGCAGGGCUGGCACUGUUAGAGCCAGUCCUGGCUCCACACCAAGCCCCGACCAAGCGUCAGGAAACGAAUGAAGGAAGUCUCUCAGCACUUGGUUUAUUUCCCCUAAGUGAGAUCACUGUUAGAGCCCAUCUCUGAAUUCGGUAGGGUCACCAUGUCCCUAGUCUUCAGGACGUCUCUCCCUAUUGGGCUGGCCCAGAUUCAAGGACAUGUACCAAAGAGUAGUCUUCAAAGUAGCCCUGUUUAGCUCAGUGCUGGCCCCUCAGCUCCUGCCCCAGAUGGGUUGCACCUGCCUGGACGCCCACCCAGCCACCCAGCCAGGCUCUCAGGCCCAGUUGGUUUCCAUCCUUCCCCAUGAGCUCCAGCCUGUCCACCAGCCCACGUAGACUCGGGCAAAAAAAUGGACUCAGCCAUACCACAUUGCAGUAGCGGCUGACCAGCCCUCCACCCCAGAGGGACCAUUUCUCUGUACUUUUCCCACCCCCCUCAAACUAACACUUCCAACCCAUGCACUGGCCGGACAGAGCGGCUUUACCCCUGAAGUUAGUCUCAGGCCGGACAUGAACAUGAUGAAGCAACGAACUCCGCGGCCCAGUAGGACACCAGUGCAGCCUGGAUGCAGGGAGACGCAGGCCAGCUCUGCUGGGAAGUCAGCUCUCACCUCUCACCUCUGUUGUAAUGUUCUGUUCCUAACUCGCACAAAACUUUGAGAUCAUAAUUUAGAAAACAGGUGCUUAAUUGCAGCUACAUUACAAUAGAGUACAUAAAAGAAUCAAGACUUAAAAAAUCUCUGUUUAGACCCUCAAGGAAAACCAUUGUUACUCUCUCCUCCAAGCUUGGAAAAAUGCACACGAGAACAAAUUAAAAUCGACAAAUUGAUUUCACUUAGAGAAACUAAUUAUCUUAUGACAAGUGUCAAAUUAAGAUGACACUUAAAGAUCCUUAGCAUUAACUUAAUGAUGGAGAAGAGUGCUCAGCAGUCAAUUCUCAGCAAGGUAAUGAGACGCUCACUUUCAGAGAUGUUCCAGGAAGAUAUUUUGAUUCAUUAAACUAUUAACUAAAAAGCCCUCCUACCCCCAGAAUCCCACAUCAGCGGAGCCGUGCCAGUGCCACUUUUCACGCCUCACUUGGACACGGCAGCAUUAGAUUUUCUAAAGGUCUUUAAUGCUUUUCACUUGUGAAAAGCACUCAAGAUUGGAUUUUUUUUAGCUACUUUAUGUCUAGAAGUAGAAUUUUUGUUCCGACAGGAGUGUUUUAGCUGGUGAUAAGGCAUACGUACAUAAAACCAACACUAAUGACUUCCCCUGUGAUAGCCCAGUCCCUUGUUUGAGAGAGGGACCAAGCCCUCACCCACAAACUCAUUUUUGGAAACUCCUUAGGAAACAGUUUUAUUCUUAGGCCAUAAAUGCUUCUCUUAUUUAAUACUGUUUCUUAGCACCCAACUUGAACCCGAGCUUUCCUCCACCACGGCUAGCUGUCUGCCACGUUGGCAUCUCUUGGUUUCCACAGAUCUUCUAGCAUGGAAACACCUUGCCACUGAACUUGAGGUUUUGUGUCUGUCUCCCCAGGCCCAGCAACGAAGGACAACGUGUCUGCCCAGGUCUGCCCCUCCGCUUUCCCAGGACGCCUCCCUGGCCACACUGCAGUGACAUCCGAGAGCCCUUUCUGCAGCAGGUGGUCUGGUCUUUUUAUACCGUUUUCUCAAAGCCACUGAUGUGUGUCCCUGUUCAAUGUGUAGCAUUGUAACGAGAGCCACCAAACCCUGAAUGUCAGUUUGUUGUCCCUGUUGUAGAUGAAAUAGUGAUGUAGAAAAACCUAGUAGACUCUGAAUGCUUUUGCACAUAGACUUAUCUGGAAUGUGAACAUGACUCUUUGGUUAACGGUAGUUGUGUAACUGUAGUCCUGAGUAGGUGCAUCUCUGUCUGUCUCAAUAAAUUUUAAUUUG